AUGGCGGAUAACACAGAAGUGAAGUAUGAGUAUCGGGACCAUCCAGCUGAUGUCCAGCUCCACGCCUGGGGCAACACCCUAGAGGAAGCUUUCGAACAAGUGGCUACAGCCAUGUAUGGUUACAUGACAGAACUCAGUAAAGUAGAAAUCACUCAAACUGAAGAAAUAUCGGUUGAAGGACACGAUAUGGAGUCUCUUCUGUACCAGUUCUUGGACGAAUGCUUAUUUGUGUUUAGCACUGAACCUUCGUUUCUAGUAGCCAAGAGGGUUGAAAUCACAUCCUUUGACAAAACUGAAUUCAAGAUUUCUGCCAAGUUACACG